UUCUUUUUUGCAUUCCGCCGCUUGUGUUUUGUGUUGGUUUAUAAAAUACGAACGAUUUUAUUGAGGUCCGCGUGGUUAGUUUUGCAGCGAUAUUGUGUAAUUUCUGUAAAAAGUAUCUACGAACUAAAAUCUUAAGGAAACUAAUAAAAUGGAGUUUCUCGAAUACAGCGACAUCUCGGCCGAAAUAAAAGGGAAUAUGGUCCAAGGUAGAUUAAAAAUGACUGAUCAAAACAUAAUUUUCAAGAACAGCAAGACUGGUAAAGUGGAACAGAUCUCCGCCAAUGAUAUUGAAUUAGUAAAUUUUCAGAAGUUUGUCGGUUCCUGGGGCUUGAGAGUGUUUAUGAAAAACGGUACACUGCACAGAUAUGGCGGAUUUAAAGAAGGCGAACAAGAGAAAGUGGCAAAAUUUUUCAAGACCAAUUACAACAAGGAUAUGCUGGAGAAAGAACUAUCUUUAAAGGGCUGGAACUGGGGCACUGCCAAGUUCAAUGGUGCUGUUCUUAGUUUCAAUGUUGGCUCCAAUACUGCAUUUGAAAUCCCACUGCAUUACGUGUCACAGUGCAACACAGGCAAGAAUGAAGUCACCUUAGAGUUUCAUCAGAAUGACGACACACCUGUUUCUCUAAUGGAGAUGCGGUUCCACAUUCCCACCAAUGAGCUAGCGGGCGAUAUGGAUGCUGUGGAGGCGUUCCAUCAGCAGGUCAUGAACAAGGCCAGCGUCAUCUCCGUGUCAGGGGACGCUAUUGCCAUAUUCAGAGAGCUUCAGUGUCUUACUCCACGUGGUCGCUACGACAUCAAAGUUUUCCAGACAUUCUUCCAACUGCACGGUAAAACAUUUGACUACAAGAUUCCAAUGUCCACCGUCCUCCGACUGUUCCUGUUGCCCCACAAGGACACGAGACAGAUGUUCUUCGUGGUGUCACUGGACCCGCCUAUCAAGCAGGGUCAGACACGAUACCACUACUUGGUUCUGCUGUUUGGUAUUGAGGAGGAGACGAGUCUGGAAUUGCCGUUUACUGAGGAAGAAUUGAAAGAGAAAUACGACGGUAAAAUAUCGAAGGAGCUGUCGGGGCCCACGUACGAGGUGCUCGCUAAGAUCAUGAAAGUCAUCAUCAACAGAAGAGUCACGGGCCCAGGAGACUUUUUGGGUCACCACAAGACGCCGGCGAUCGCGUGCUCGUACAAGGCGGCGGCCGGCUACCUCUACCCGCUCGAGAAGGGCUUCAUCUACGUGCACAAGCCGCCCGUGCACAUCCGCUUCGAGGAGAUCGCGUCCGUCAACUUCGCUAGAGGCGGCGCUUCCUCCACCAAAUCAUUCGAUUUCGAAAUUGAGCUGAAGCAAGGCAGCAUACACACGUUCAGCAGCAUAGAGAAAGGGGAAUACGACAAGCUGUUUGAUUACAUCACCUCCAAGAAACUACACGUCAAGAACACUGGCAAGAAUGACAAAGCACUUUACGACGACGAUUUCGGCGAUUCGGACACGGAGAAAGAACCAGACGCGUAUCUCGAGCGGGUGAAGGCGGAGGCCAAGGAGAGGGACUCCAAUGACAGCGACGGCUCGGACGAGAGCACCGACGAGGACUUCAAUCCGGACAAGGCUAAGGAGAGCGAUGUCGCUGAGGAGUACGACACCAAUCCGUCAUCUUCUGAGGAUUCGGACGCUUCGGGCGCGUCUGGAGACAGCAAGAAGGAGAAGAAGAAAGAGAAGAAACCAAAGAAGACUAUCACAAUUUCUGAAGCGCCGCGCAAGCGCAAGGAGAAGUCUAAGAAACGGGAGAAAGACGCGAACGCGCCCAAACGUCCCGCCACCGCCUUCAUGCUGUGGCUCAACGAGAACCGGAAGAGCAUCGUGGACGAGAACCCCGGCAUCAAGGUCACGGAGAUCGCCAAGAAGGGAGGGGAACUGUGGAGGGAGCUCAAGGAUAAAUCGGAAUGGGAGGAGAAAGCCAGCAAAGCCAAAGACGAAUACAACAUAGCGAUGAAGAAAUACAAGGACAGCGGCGCCGCCGACGAGUUCAAGCAGAAGAAGAAGGCCGCCGAUAAGGAGCGCAAGGCCGCGGAGAAGAAGAAGAACGCGCCCAGCAAGAAGAGCAAGCCCAGCGCCGUGGGGACGGGCAGCGGCGGGAAGUUCACCAGCAAGGAGUACAUAGACGACGACGACUCUAGCUCCGACUCCGAUGGUGAUAAGAAGAAAAAGGAUUCCAAGGAGAGUGCUAAGGACACUAAGAAAUCGAAGUCCAAGAGCUCUUCGUCCGAAGCCGGAGCAUCAUCAGGAUCUGGAGACGAAAGCGGAAGCGGUAGCGAUUAAAUCAUACAGUUUUGAAUAAUAUAUGACAACACCAAUAGAUGUGCCAAGUACUGGUGAACGUGACGACGCGACUGAUGGUUGUAACGCCAUGACAUUUAUAUGCAUGCAUAUAGUCACGUCUAUUUCCCUCAGUGGGUAGACAUAGCCAAUAGUAUUUAAAAAGACUGGCAGGUUGCUAGCCCAUCGCCUACAAGGAGAAUCCCAUAUUUAUUAGCCUUUCGCUUAGUAAAAUGGCAUUUCUAUUGGCUCAUAUUAUUCCUAUUUCUAUGGUUUACUCUGUAUAUACUAAACCUUUUAAAACCAGCGUAAGAACAUUUAGGAAACCACUAUUGUGGUCAAAUCGAUAAUUGCAGAAAUGUGACAAAACAAUAAAAACUGUGUCAAAAGUCAUAGAACGAAGUAAUUAACCUUUAAGAUCCUUUAUGUGUUGAUGACAGGUAAAUCGACACUCAAAUGUACAAUAAUCUUUCUAACCUAUAGAAAUCAGCAAUCCGGGUAAUGUUUACAAAUAUUAUUAAUUGUAUUUAAGGUAUGGAGAAAAAGUCCUUAUAGCAAAUGUAUUGGCGCUGGAACGUCAAAUUUGUUUCUAUUUGUUACUGUCGCCAUUUUAUUUUGUCGAAAUUGUUUUAUAUUAGGUAUCUUUUUCAAAUUAAAGGAAUUAUCAUAUAUUACCGAUAAACGAGUGAGGUUGCAUGAAAAGAUAGAUUAAUAUGGAUUGAAAGAAAUAUGCAGGGAUCGUGGCGAAUGAAAAGAUGUGGUCUGCCUAUCCCGUUGGGAAAGAACAAGUUUUUACUUGUUGACAAGAUAGUAGGUCCACCAAGUCCAAUUUCCAUUCAUAUAAAUGCCAACAGUUUUACUUACAAUUAAUUUAUUAUCUCUGAAAUUUAUUACUUUGUAUGUAGGUAGUAAAGUAUGUAUUCGAUUAAAAGAUGGACGACUUAACCAAUAUGUAUGUUUCGGAUAGCACUCGAAAUAAUAUAAGACUGUAGAAGUGGUAAAUGUGUCCUCGAAACUCGGUAGUAAUCAUCGCCACGAGUCACCAUAACGUAAUCAUCUUAUUUUAUAAAUCAUUCAUAUAGUUUCAUGUAUGCCUUAUAUGGCAUUUCUGUUGUCUUAUAUCAUUUCUAUUUCUUUGUUGUUUUGUUAAUAUGUUGUUAUGUUCUUAACUCCUAUUACUAGCGACAUUGGUGAACUGAAUGGCUUGAUGAGAAAUAUCCAUGUGAUAAGUAAAUGUACUAAUAAAUGUAUUAGAAAUUUAAAUUUGUAUGAAUCAUUCUAAUUUUAAUUUAAUAGUAAUAUUGUUACAUAUAUAAGUUAAUUAAGUGCUGAUGAUUCGUAAAUAUAUAAUAAUAAAUAAUACCCCAUUCCUGUUUUACAUGACAGUAUUACAGACAACAUAAAGUAAUAUUAUGAAGAGGUUAAGUUUGUAACUUUGGUUAUUUGUUUGUUUGUAAGGGCUUAUCUUCAGAAAUACUAAAUCAACUAUGAAUAUUCUCCCUCCGUUGAAAGGGUAUUUACAUUAUCUGCGGUUGUUAUAGGUUAUGUAACUACCUACGUACCAGAGGCAUGCCGAUAGUACAUUAUAAUUUUACCUUAAGCCGGCAGAAUGUGAGGUGAGCUAUGCGCUGGGCACGUUUGAAGGCGAAAUUUGAGGCGAGGAUUGUAUGAAGGCGAAUCUGUUAUACACAGACGACAUUUUAUAUGUCAAUCACAUUCAUCAGUCACAUCAUACUAACUGUAUUUAAUUUUUUCAAACUAUUGUAUACCUAAGCCUGACAAAAAUAAAUGAAUUAUUGACAUGCAACGCACGUGGUUUCGGGUAUGGUCAAUAGUAUCCGCUGAAAAGCUUGCGUGAAGUGACUGAUGAAUGUGGAUGAAGCGAAUGAAGUACGCAGUGAUCGUAGAAAUUGAAAAGAUGCAGUCUCUGUAUACUCCGGGAAAUAGGCGUGAUGUUAUCCACACUAAAAUGGCGUCCCACUGGAUUAACCCAGUGGGAUUAAAAAUAAAGAAAAAAGAACACGUGCUUAGCUACAGCUCUGUAACAUCCCAAUAUUAUGCAAAGGACGUCCCAAGCUAGAUAGAUAGCACUACAUAGAGAAGCACUAUGGCAACCGCGUGUAGGUAUCCUUGGCUUUAUUGUGAUAAAAUCGUCGAAAAAGAUAUAUUUUUUUUGUUUUCUACCUGUAAUCACAUCUGAUAUUGUAUGUUUUACGGCUAGUUGUAAAUAUUAAGUUGUUAGUUUAUAGACUGGAAUUUAACACGAUUUACCUCCAAUAUUUCUGUUACUGUAAAAGCCCGCCCCUUGGCUAAGAACUUGUAAGAUUAAAAAAUCUCGAUUUUCCAAAAGUUUGGAUCUGAAAUAUUUUUUUAUUAAAAAAAAUUGUGUUUUAUACAGGGUUUUUUUUACAAAUUCUUGACUUUAUCUACUCGUAUAUAAUAUCGACCUGUAUACAUAAUUGUUAUUUGUACGUCGGUUAAACUGACUUUGUUCAUAGUCGACAGUUUAUGUAGUAAUAAUUUUGGUUAGAGCGUCACGAAAUGUCCCUUAUUGUGUUUGAACAAAGGAAUUGUUUUUUGCGAAAUCCCAUCCUCAUUUUGUUUUUAUGCACGACUUGUAUAUGAAGGACCUUGCAACUUUUUAAAUGCUUCAGUUAAACUCCAGUCAUUUAGAUAAGUUCGAUAAACAGUAUGUUGAUAAGUUUUUAAGUGUUAAUAGAAUAUGUUUUGUAAA